AUGUCUGGUAAACCUCUAUCCUCAUUAUCCCAUUUACAGCUAAUAAAAUUAGCCAAAAAAACAAUUAUUCCACCAUUGAAACCUCACUAUUACAAAGGUCAAUUGGGAAAGGUAUGUGUUGUUGGAGGGUGUCUAGACUACACAGGUGCUCCAUACUUCUCAGCACAUGCAGCCGCUUUAUUUGGCUGUGAUUUAACACAUGUCCUAUGCGAAUACAAUGCAGCACAAGUUAUUAAGGGAUAUACUCCCAAUCUAAUGGUACAUCCAUAUUUGAAUUAUAAAGAAAACGAUAAAAAUAUUCAAUUAAUCAAGAGAAUGCAAUGUGUAGUAGUAGGUCCAGGACUAGGAAGGCGUGACAACACUCCCGAUAAUACACUUGAUAAUAUGUAUAGAAAUGUAGUGGAAAUUAUCGAGUAUUGUAUUGAUCACAUGAUUCCGUUGAUUUUAGACGCAGAUGCAUUGUACUUGUUGUCUAACGAUUUGGAAUACAGAGAUCGACUAUGUGCAAAAUUGUCAUCGAAUGACUCAAGUAAAAAUACAAUUCUAACGCCAAACAUCAUCGAAUUGAAGAGACUAUUAUCCACCUAUCCUGAUCUUUACAAAAAAUUCUCCAACUUGGUAAUUUUAGAAAAGGGGGAAACUGAUAGAAUUAAACUAUUGCACAAAGAUGGCACUACUACAGAACUACACAAUAAUGAAUCUGGUAGUUGGAAAAGAGUCGGUGGUCAAGGUGAUACACUGACAGGGGUCUUGGCCACAUUAUUAUCUUGGUGUAAUGUAAUUGAAAAUAACAGCUCUAUAAAAGUUGAAGCAGAUGAUGAAAAUGAUGGCAAGUUGUUAAAAGAUCAUAAUGAAUAUAGAUUACUAGCUUGUUAUGUAGCCAGUACUGUUGUUAGAAAUUGCUCAAAACUAGCCUACAAAGAACAUGGUAGAUCAAUGCAAACGACGGAUUUGAAUGACAACGUAGGGAGAGUUUAUAAUGAGAUGUUUUAA